UUGGAACGGGACCGAGGAUGCUUGGAACGGGACCGAGGAUGCUUGGAACGGGACCGAGGAUGCUUGGAACACGACUGAUUCUGGGCAUCACACGCAAUCUUCAUCCUCGAUCUACAGCUAGCGACUACCACUAUGGAAAACGAGCAUGAGUAUGUGUUUGGUUUUGGAUCCAUCAUCAAUUCGAGCACUCAUGCUGCCUGGCUCGAGAAUGACAAUGACACUACUACUGGUACUACUAGUAAGGAACCACUGAAGGGCCAAGUUGUGAGAAUUCGUGCCUCGUUUGGCUAUGAACGGCGCUGGAACUUUCGAUCCACCACGGGCUUUACAGCUCUGGGAGUGAGUCGUACCACUACUGGUAUUACCGGUACUAGUACAAAUGCGGGCAUGAAUGGUGUCUUGUUUCAAGUGCCAUUGUCCAUGAUGCCUGGAUUUGAUCGACGCGAAGUGGGCUAUGACAAGGUCCAAAUUCCCAUGGAGCACAUUGACCUUAACCCUAAACAUGAUGAGGAUGCACUCCCGCAGUUGUCAUUGUUCCAGUUGACCAGCAAUGACAAAAUCUGGAUCUAUGUUCCACAAGCCAGGCAAUGCCUAGAGGCGGAUGAAAAUCAUCCUUUGCUUCAGAGUUACGUCGACACAGUCUUGCAAGGAUGUCUGGAAUGGGGUGGAAGCGCCAUGGCCGAAGAAUUUGUCCUCACCACGGGAGGAUGGAGUUCGUUUUUUCUCAAUGACACUCCCUCGUCACGACGACCGUGGCUCUUUCGCAAGGAUUACGACACGAUCGAUCGCAUACUGCAAUGCCAUAGUGACUUGACCCAUUUCGCUGAUCGACGACACCCAGAAGAAUUCGCCUCCACCUUUCUCAUUCGACGCAUGCGAGGGACCUGGUCCAUUCCCCGGCGCAAUCGACACUUUACGGGACGAGACACGGUCCUCACACAAAUUCACGCCCGAUUGAUGCAACACACAGGCGACCAUCAUUCCAGUGUCCACUAUCUCUUUGUACAAGGCAUGGGGGGUGUGGGAAAAAGUUCCGUCUGUAUCGAAUACUGCUAUCGCCAUUUCCCCACAUCCUAUGGACUUGUCAUUUGGCUCAACGCCGAAUCGGCUGAAACACUCAGUGCCGACUAUAGACAGUUGUUGGCAGAUCUGGCCGAUGUUGACAAGGACAACAAUUCCAACGAAGAAGUCAUUGGAGAAGUCAAGACCAGACUCUUUCGAUGCAAAGUAUCCUGGCUAUUGGUAUUUGACAAUUUGGAAGACCGAACACUAUUGGAACGGUUCGUACCAAGAGGGGCCACGGCGGGCUCCAAGGGACAUGUACUCGUCACCAGUCGAGUGGGAGAAUGGGACUCGGGAAGCAGUCCCAGUUCCUUUGUAUUGGGAUGUCUCAGUCCAACUGAAUCGGUCCAACUGCUGGGGCGAUCCAUUGGAGGAUCCAGUUGUACUACUGGUAGCAACAAAAAGGAAAGGGCGGCCACCACAGAAAUCUGUGAACGGCUUGGACAUUUACCACUGGCACUGGGAAUGGCAGCUGCCUACAUGCAACGAUGUGAUGUCACUUGUUCCGAAUACCUCGAACGAUACGUCCGAUCCGAACAAACGGGGAAAUCCUUGUUACUGCGGAAUCAAAGAUUGCAGGACUACUCCUUGACGGUUUCCGCAAGUCUAGCACUCAGUCUCAACGCUAUCCAACAAGAGAGUCAAACGGCAUUCUCGCUUUUACGGUUGCUUGGUUGGCUAGGUCCAGACCAUAUCACAAAAGCGUUGCUGCGUGCCUUGUUGGCUACCAAAAACAAGGCAGAUCAAGAACGGGCACGACAAGAAGCAAUAAACAGUUCGCAACAAUCAUCUCUUUUGAAUACCCAACAAGGAGCUGCAGGGAUUCUCUUUCUGGCGGCUGGCUUGGGCGUCUCAUGUUUAAUGCCGUGGCGUCGCAAGGGCACCCCUCCUAUCAUGACUGGGUCGGGACUUUUGGUGUCCAUGUCCCUUUGCGCGUCCGGACUACUGGUGUUAGCGCCAUUGCUGAGGAGGAAACAAACAGAUGCACCACCACCUGCUGCAACCGUCCGUCGACGGAGCAGUGGCACGUUGGGGAUUGACUCCGAUGAAUUUGAGCAAUCAGACAUUGUGUGGAAAGUGCUAAAAUCCUUCUCGAUCCUGACCGUCAGGGAGGGCAAGGGAAGCAUGCACAGACUCCUGUCGCAAGCUCUUCGCGUGGAUCAGUCUCAAACGGAGCGCUGCUAUAACCAUCAAAUUUGCGUUGACGCCAUGCAAAUGUUAUGGCAAUUCGACCCGAGAAAUGCCACUACGUGGCAGGACUCGUUCCAUUUAGUGGAACAUGUCAAAGCAUUGGUCAUUCAUUGUUCCAACAACAAUAACGAAUCUCAAGACAUGAUAUGUACAAACAUUCUCCUUCAGGCUGGUCUUCUCUCCAAACAGGCAGGCGUCUUUUCAGCAAUGGCCAUGAACGGCUUCAAGGAGGCCGAAGCAUCAUUCCGAUUGGCCAUUCAGAUGUAUGACAGGCUGCAAGGCAAACAACAAUCUUCCAAAGGAGACACAGUAAUCAUGAAAGCCAAGGCGGAGAGCUUUUGCGAGUUAGGCAAGGCAUUACGGUACCAGGGAAAUUUUGGUGCGGCAGAAGAGACGCUGCUUCAUGCUCUUGAGAUUUGGAACAAGCUUGCAGAGAAAGACCGCUCUUCAGUUCGUAGUGUUGCGGACACCUUGCAUGAGCUAGGGGUUUUGGAAGUGAAAAAGCACAAAUUGGAUACGGCUCAACAGUAUCUUACCAAAUCAUUGGAUUUGCGUCGCACACUGGACGAAGAUUCGAGUGACGUCGAUGCGGAUUGUGCCGCUACCCUGCACCAGCUUGCGACAGUUCAUGUCGCUAGAAAGCCACCAUUGCUGAAGAAGGCAGAAGAACUAUUACAGGAAGCCUUGAAACAUAGCCGACAAAUUGGGCAACGAGCUGCAACGCUCAAGCAGCUUGCUAGAGUUACAAUCCGACAAGGUUUACUUGACACUGCAGAAGGCUAUCUACGACGAGCACUGGAGCUGUACAUUGAGCUCUACGGGGAGAGAACCAUGCAUAUCAAUGUAGCAGCUGUGAAGUUUCAGCAGGGCGCGCUUGCUUUCCAAAGGGAGCAGUUUGAGCAAGCGUGGAUCCACUUUUCCGAGUGCUUGCGAAUUCGUCGACAUGUCUACGCUUAUGCACGUGAAGUUUCGUCGGAUGGAGCCGAAGAGACCAAUCCUUUGCACUUGGAGGUAUCCUGCGUUCUCCAUGAACUCGGGUGUGUGGCUUUUGCUCAAACUCGCUUCCCACAAGCCAUGUCAAUGCUGCAAGCCGAAAGGUCCAUUCUUCAAAAUCUGGAAGACUCAACCACGCAAACAGAGAGGCUUCGUCAGGCAUUGCUGACAAAUCUAACUUGGCUUCGAAAGUGUGCAUUGGGAAUGAACGAUGAAAAGAAUGCUGCAUUGUUUGCCGCUGAACGAGCUGAUCUAAAAGGCAAAACAAAAGCAAAAGGAAAAGUACCCACCUUGAGUGAGCAACGUGUGUCACUGUCGCUUCAAAGGGAAGCUCUUCGGUGCCGAGAGGCUGCACGUCAAUUUGCGCUUUCCAAGGGUGGAGACACGGCGCUAGAGAGAGAAGCAGUGCUAGAGAAGCUUGCCACCCUCAAACAAGAGAUUGAGCAUUGUCCCACUUCCUCUCUGCACGAUGCUGCUCAGGAUUUUCAUGACACUUUGAGAGCUUGCCUUGACCCUGGGGUGGAAGUAACCCGCAGCUCUUCUGAUACUAUCUUGGGUGCAUGCGAUCGUCUCAGGGAUACGUUGAGAGCACACGGCGCACAAGUGAACGACAUCAUAACAUCGUCCUCUUGAGCCGGAGACUCUAGACCCUCAAACGUACCGGUAAGGAGUGGUGUGAACACGACGACCGAUUCAUUCGAUUGAAUUCAAUGAUACGGAUUCGAUUCUGCAUGAAUGAACGACGACAAAACAAGUAAUGAGCGCAACUUCCGAUCGGAUGCUCCCUCGUACGGUGUCCAUUCGAGCGCAAGUUUGAUCGCACAGUUCCAGGCAUGGGGUUUGCUUUUGACGGCCGGCAUCAAUCAUGUCGUAUCUUGACGUUUAGAUAGAUUGUGUGGCCAAGCGGCUGGCUCGACGAGGUAAUCAGAUAGCAACCGGAGCUAUCUAUCCACUGCUGGGGUUAGCCUUGGGGCCCACCAGCAGUUGUGGUAUCUCCGUGCCGAUGCAACUGCUGUAUGGAUUGCAGUGCUGGGGCUACUAUAGCAGUUACAUGCAUUGCAGUGCUGGGUCACAAAAUAUCAAUUUUCGUGAAACUAAAUAGCCGAGCACGAGAAUUGAGCCUACUA